CCCGCCUCCCUCAGUCUCCGCUGUCUAAAUCCUGGGCCGUGAUUGGCUGGCUGCACAGGCGAGCUCGUGUCAGCGGGUGGCUGUCAGUGCGCGCGCCCUCUCUCUCUCAUCUACUCCCUGUCAGCGCUUCCGCCACACGCGCAGCACCCGAGCGCGCUCCCGACUCUCCGCCUCUCUCCCGUUGACUCCCGAGUUACCCGCUGCCUGCUCACCAUGAAUGAGGAAUACGACGUGAUCGUGCUGGGCACCGGCCUCACGGUGAGAACACUAACCCCCCCCACACACACACACACACACACACACACACACUGCCUCCCUCUCUCUCGCAGCCCCGCCUGAUCGCGGCCUACAGACCCCGAGACACUCCCUGUCCGGCCGCCGCCACCCAUUGUGCUCCAUACAGGCCCGCGGGCCGGCUCGGCAGCACUGGGCCGGGGCUGGGGGGAUCCAAAGUUGAGCGAUACCCCCAUUAAUAGUGAGAGCAAGGUGAUAAUAAUACCGGGUGUAUGGCACGGCCAAUAACCGGGGCUGGCAUGGCUGGACACCGCUACUGCUUAUACAGCGACACCACCUUCCGCACUGCUCUACCUGUGUGUGUAUUAUAUAUAUAUAUAUAGCUAUAGCUAGCUUCCACCUGUGUAGGCAUAGCUUGGCACCCACAGAUCUGUUAAUAUGAGUUGCAGAACCUGUAGCGUUCCAUUUAAUGGAUCACAUUUGACGAGGACACAAUGAUAAAAUUGGAAAGGUCUGGUUAAUUUAAAUUUUAAAUUAUCUUUUGCACAUUUUUUUUGCUACCUUUUAUAGAGAACAAGCCCUGAUUUCUAUAACUUCCUUAUCCUCUGACACCUUUUUGUGUGUUCUGGUUGAAUUAUACGUCUCCUAAAUUGGUUACUGCUAUUCUAAAUCUAGAAUCACAUUUAUUUUGAAUCACUUGUAAUUUUUAUGUGAAAUUUAUUUUUAAUUUUUUGUCCAUUUUAAUCAUAGUAAAUGCCUUUCAAGCUCUGUAACACAUUCAACAACAUUAUGUAACAUUUUGUUCAAUACACUAUUUAAUUGCUUAAAGGAGCACUAUAGUGCCAGGAAAACAAACUCGUUUUCUUGGCACUAUAUGGUCGUUAGGAACCCCCACCCUCAUGGCUGAAGGGAUUAAAACCUCUUCAGCCACUUACCUUUCUCCGGCUCCAUCUGUGCCGGGGAUCUCUCCACCCCCUGCCAAUAUCAGAUCUGCAUGUGCGGCAAUUAAACCGCCCAUAGUAAAGCGUUACUCAGUGCUUUCCUAUGGACGUCCAGCAUCUUCUUUAAUUUAAAGGGACACUCCAGGCACCCAGACCACUUCUGCCCAUUGGAGUGGUCUGGGUGCCAACUCCCACUACCCUUAAUCCUGCAACUGUAAAUAUUGCAGUUUUAAUAAACUGCAAUCUUUACCUUGCAGGGUUAUCUCCUGCACUAGAGGGCACUUCCGGGUUUAUAGCACGCUAUGUGAGGACCUCCAGCGUCGCUAAAUUCCCUAUAGGAAAGCAUUGAAAGCAUUUUCAAUGCUUUCCUAUGGGGAAGUCUAAUGCGUGAAUUUCUAUAAGACAAAAUGGCUCACAUAGGGCAAUAUAGUCUGUAGUGUCCACACUGUGACUAAAAUAUGAAUGUAAUAGUUGCAUCCUACUCACAUUUUUAUGAGCCUGUAUAGAAAACUGGCUCAAGUAAAUUGGCAUAGGUAGGAUGUAAAGGUGUAAUUCCUCAGUUUCUGUGCUCUCCCCCAAUGGUCAUAUGGUGAGAAAUAAUCUGCAGGGAUUAGAAGUAAAAUGUAAUCCUUUAUUCCAUAAAUCAAUAAAUUUUUUUUACAUAUAAUAAGCACAGCAAACUGCAUGCAAGGAAUCUUCCUAGAUACAACACUGUUAAAUUUUUCCUAAUAUUGCCCCCCAAAAAUAUUGGUUAUCUACUAAUUUAAUCUCACUUUGGGGUAUAAAAAAACCAAAACCAUUUUUUUUACGCGUUUAGCAUCCUAUAUACCGAAUGAGUCCUACAUACUGUGUGUAUAUUUGUGUACCUCCAAUGGAUCCUCCCUCUCUUGUGAACACUGGUCUGUCAGAUCAUUGCAGCUGGAUACCAGUGUAACCAUUGCUGCGAGAAGAGUCUACCCCCAGCGGAGGUGCAGACAGAGGCUCUAUACCACCAGGAAAGGUUUUUUCCACCUUGCAAAACCCCCCAAAGAUUAAACUGUAGUCACUAGAACUACAGCUUGUUGUGUUCAGGUGAAUAUAAUCAUUCCUUUCAGGCCUUUGCAGUAAACACUGUCAUUUCAAAGAAAAUACAGUGUUAACAUUACAGCCUAGCAAUACUUCCACUGGCCACUUCUCAGAUGGCUGUAAGAGGUGCUUCCUGGUGUCUCCAGCCUCUGCAUGGAGACACUGAACUUUCCUCAGAUUCAUUGAUACAAUCCAUCUCUAUGAGGAGAUGCUGAUUGGCCAGGGCUGUGUUUGGCAUGUGCUGGCUCUGCUGCUGACCUUCUUGACAAGCUCACACAAUCCAAUGCUUUCCUAUGGGAAAGCAAUGUGAUUGGCUGAUAGAAACACUUCUGAUGGUGUCAGCUAAGCAGGCAGAUCAGGGGCAGAGCCAGCAGCAGCAGACUGGAGUAAAGGUAAGAUUUUACUAUAUGGGGAUGAGUAGGGGGGGCUAGAUGUUGUUUUAAUGGGUCAGAUAGUGUAUAUGUAUGUAUAUAUGUGUGUGUGUGUGUGUAUAUAUAUGUGUGUGUGUAUAUAUAUAUAUAUAAAUAUGUGUAUAUAUAUAUAUUAUUCUUUAAAAAAAAACAACAACAAAAACACUGCCAACCACACAGGUACAAUUUGCGCUCCCAGUACAACAAGAAAUAUGACAGAAGACAAUUAACCUGUCACAACAACAUUACACCUUGAAAUAGUUAAAGUUAAAAGAUCAGAGGUUAACAUGUGUUAAGCCCACUUGAGGUCAGACGGCCAAGAAACAAGGCCUUGAGAGAAUGAUGUACUGUCUCCUCAUGCAAUCUGUACAAAUGUAAUUGACCGAAAUGCACUGUAUUGUAUCCCGAUGUAUGUUCAAACUUACAUUUGUUCAUAAUGUACCCUAUUCAACUGAACAAUGUGUACACACUGUUAAAAACUUUAUAAAUUGCAAAUAAAAAAACGCUGCUUCUCUCUGCCCACAGAACACCACCUCUAUCCCACCGCACAAAUUUGCACUACAUAAUUUAUCCAUUUAUACACAUAAGGUGAAGUAUAACGUACUGAUAGUACAGGAUAUGUAUACCCCCAACCCACAAAUUUCUAAUAAGAGUGCAUCUUAUAUUUUGCUUUUUGCACUUUGUGUGAAAUGUUUUCAUUAAAAAAGCAAACUAAGCACCAACACAUUUGUGUAUGUUAUAGCUUUUGACAUUUUCACAUUUGCUGUCAUUUUUGCAUAAUUUUUUGUAGUGUGGCAGAAAUGUUUUCCUUCUCAUACCCAUCUUUCUUAAACAGUAUUUCUCAAAUAACAAUUCAUGUCUUCAGUAAGCUUAGCAAAGUUUCUUGUGACUUAUUGUUCAGCUAAUAACUUUCCUGAGUGUAAAAAAUAAAAAUACAGAAGUGCAGAAAGUCCUGCUCUGCACAACGAGAUAGUCACUCCAUUGAAAAAUUAUAUAGAAAGUUAUAAUCUAGAAGUCUUAUCACAUUUUUUAUUUAUUUUUUUAACAGUGCUGACUGCUAUAACAUUAUUGAAAAUAAAAUUUUAAAUGCAAAUAGCUUUUGUUUUAUAUUUUUAAUGCAUAAUUAAUAUUUUAUUUUCAAUAAAUGGGUUGUUUCAAGCCUAAAGUUCAACUUUAAGGGAUAAAGAGGUCUGUUAUGAGCAUAGGUUCAUGCUAUUUUGAGAUGUUAAAUGGUUUUCCCUAAAAGGUGUCCUAAAUUUUGGGUUCAAGGAGCACUAUAGGGUCAGGAACACAAACGUAUUCCUGACCCUAUAAUGUUAAAACCACCAUCUAGCCCCCUCUGGUCCCCUCAUGCCUCCCUAAAUAUAGAAAUCUUGUAUUGAAGUCUGGAGCUGCUUACUUUGUCCUUGUUUCCUUUAGACCUGCCUGCUGACAUCAUCAGAAGUGGUAGCCUGAUCCAAUCAUAAUGCUUCCCCAUAGGAUUGGCCGAGACUGACAGAGGCAGAUCAGGGGCAGAGCCAGCAUGAUUCAAACACAGCCCUGGCCAAUCAGCAUCUCCGCAUAGAGAUUAAUUGAAUCAAUGAAUCUCUAUGAGGAAUGUUCAGUGUCUGCAUGCAGAGGGAGGAGAUACUGAAUGUUUGGAUGCAUUUAGGCAGCCAUGACCCAAGAAGGAUCUCUAACAGCUAUCUGAUCACUAGGCUGUAAUGUAAACACUGCAUUUUCUCUGAAAAGACAGGUUUUUAAAGCUAAAACUCUGAAGGUAAUGAUUCUGCCCCUGUUUUGAAAACAAUUGUAUUUCCCAUUAAAGGGACACUAUAGCAUUGGGAAUAGUUUUAGGAUCCCCUGUUUGCAAUAAAAAGCUAUUUUUUUUUUUAUUGUCAAUCAGAUGUAACUUACUUAAAAGCUUUUUAAGUCCUUCUCUGUAGAUUGAACUUUAAUUACAUAUAGGAAGCUCCAACAGGGUCUAGUAUGAUGUUAGCAGAGUGGGAGAAUACAUUCUAAAUUACACAGAAAGGAAGUGUAGACCUCAGAUGACUUGAGGAAGACCAUACAAGUCACAUGCAGGAAAGUGUGCCUAGGGCUUCAAAAAAAUAGUGAUUUAAGUCCUAAAUGUCAGAGAAUUGAGCAGCGAUUGCAGGGGUAUGAUCUAUACACUAAAACUGCUUCAUCAAGUUAGUUUUUUUUGGUGACUAUCGUGUCCUUUUUGAGUUAGUAAGAAGACACUAGGGAUCGACCGAUAUUGGGGUGUUUUUUGUUGUUGUUUUUUUAGGGCCGAUACUGAUAAUCUGCGAACUUUCAGGCAUAUUCUGUACAUAUAUACCGUUUUUUGUUUUUUUUUUUUUCUUUUUUUUUAAUGCCAUCUGUCCUAGUAUUAGAAAUGUUCUCGUGUGUGUGUGUAUGUAUGUAUGUAUGUAUGUAUAAACACAACAAAAGUGCCCUUUAUUAGAGCUAUCUCUGAGCAGGCAAAUGCAACAUCAGUUUGCAGUUACUAGCAUAGCAAUGAAUACUGAUAUGCCAGUAGCAAAGUAUGACCGACUUCACGCCGCAUGCCACAUAGACAAUCUCUUCCCUUGGAAGCUCAUGUGCUGUCUUUCCUCUUCACGUGUAACUGGUGGGGGAUGGGCAGAAGAGAUGUAAAAACAGGAGGCAUAACUAGAAUUUCAGUGUCAUUGCAAUAGAAAUGCUGGUUAAAUAUAAAUCCUUUCCUUCAUGUCUUUAAAUUGUGAUUUCCUAGCUUUGUGUGCACAUCCAAGACUGGGGUUGUGAAAGCACCUUUUAGUAGAUGUAGCAGAGGGCACUGGGUUGUCCUCAAAAUUCUGUAUGUUCAUAUGCUUUCUGUUAAAUUUUGCCUUGUGUAUGCAGCAUUUGGCUGAUUGUUCGGUAAAAUCACUCUGUUCAUUAUAUUGAGUGAAACUACUGAACAACCAGACCACCCAGGAAUAAGUGUGCCUCCAAUUACCAUUCGCAACAAUGUUGCAAACGGGUAAUUGGUGAUUCGUGUAAUGUGUGUUUUGUCUUCUGGGUGGCCGCCAUUCGGGAAAUGAACACGUGGCGGCAGCCAUUUUAAAAAUUCCCGAACAGCAGUGUUUUGCCGCCGAGUGUCCGGAACCCAAAUUGGACACUCGGCUAGGCAAACACCGCUGAGACCUCCACACUGCCCCUAAAUUCGUGUAGAAACUACCGAACGGCUACCCGUUCGGUAGACAGAAACACACGAACAAGGGGAUUCAUUCAAAUCUUCUCCAGUCUCCAUAGCCUAAGUCAUUCGUGCAGUUAAUUCCCUUUUUCUGUGACCGACCGCAGGGCCAAAAUGCAUGGAACCAAUUUCGGCUGUUACCUCUUUUUACUACUUCCACAACUCUCCCGAACCCCCGGUCUGAUCUGGGGGAUUUUUGGAUAUGUCCCUCACCCAGAUCAGGGCUACCCGGGGAUAUAAUAUUUAAAGGGGUACCCCUAUGUUUAGGGGUAGAUCCAGAAACCCUGGGACUUUGUGUCCUGUAUAAUAGGAUUAUGUGUCAGGCUAAGGGGAGGGAAUGUGUGGGUGGCAAGUCAUGUAUGAUUGGCUACUGUAAUAAUUAUUGUAAAUCCCUCCCUUGCAUGGGAGAAUGCUUUAAAAGAAGGUUGAGUGAUUAAAAGUUCAAUUCUGCUCCUGAUGCAGUGUGUUGUCCUGUCAUUGGGAUCUGUAUGGGAAUAUUCGUGGAUUGCCUUGCUUGCUGUGAUUUAUUAUUCUAUGGUAUUUUAUAACUUGUUCCUGAGCCUUACUGGGACCUUUAGUGGAGUUAACCUGUGAAAGACCAGCUCUCGUCUACAGUAGACUUGCACAGAAAGGAAGCACAGUGGCAGACAGAUGUGUUUUAAUAUAUGUACUGCAAAUCUAUCCUCUCCUUGUUCUGGUUUUCCUGCAGCUCGAUGCCCAGUGCUUUCAGUGGCUUACCUGUGUACGUACUGUGUUAAGGAAGGAAGUAUGUCAGAAUGGAGUUGUGUUGCUAAGGGUGUGUACUAUUAAUGAGACCAAAACCUAUCAAAUGCAUUAAAGCUAAUUUGGCUCCUGUAGUGUCCCUUUAAGCAGAAUGUACAUGUUGCUCAGUGUCUUCUUUUAUUGUAGAAGUGAUCUGGCAGACAAGCUAUUGCAUUGCUUUACUACCAAUAUGCCCAACUUGUGCUCAGAUAUUACUUUGCAUGAAAUGAAACCUAUUGCCCAUGCUUCUUACCGUGUUGAGUAAAUAGCAGAUGCUUUUGGGGCUCUGUAAGCAAGAACAAUUUAUUUCACUUUACCCAUAUGACAAACUAAUUUGGGACCUGCAAAAAUGAUGUAACUCUUUCUUUUAAAAGCCUGCCACUGUUACGUCAAAUAUGUUGUUGCUCUUCAAAAAUACAUUUUAUCUAUAUAUUGUACUGGUGAAAUUUUUUCCUACACUUUUUUUUUUUUUAUUUUUUUUUUUUCAUAAAUACAAAUAGUGUCACGGAAUAGCUGGAUACACAGUCAUGACAUCCACAAAUUACUGGAAAUAUCCUCACAACUACUCUGGUGCACACUAGAAAUUUUGGGAUGCCGUAUAGUUCAACGAACACAGAAUUAUUAACUUGGCUGUGAAUUGACAAGAAAAUAUAAAAUUUUAAGCUGAACUAUGUCUCUUUGCAUAAAUGUCCAAUUGUCUGGGUAAUACCCAGUUUGGUGACUAACUCUUGACAGUCAGUUUCUUGAUUUAAUGUUGAAUUUUAAGAAAGUGAUCUUGAGGCUUGUACAGUGAUACCUAGGUUUACAAACGCCUCAGUUAACAUUUUUGGUUUACAAAUGAAAAUCCAUUAAAAAUAAUGCCUCAGUUCAGUUUACAAAUUUCUUUCGCAAUACAAAGCAAGUUUCCCCAGGAUGCAUCGUGCCUGUUUCUUUUCAGGUGUGUAACUUUUUUCUCUCAUGCGGUGCCGGUCUCCUGCGGCUGCUUCUGCCUGGUUCCGCUUUCAUGGCUGAGAUCAAUGGUCUGUUUCACUUGCGGUUUUCCAGCGCUGAGGGACCAGUCAGCGUGAUCCAGAGACCUAAUACGCAUGCACAGCAAACGCAAGCCUUAGGCUUUUUCCAUUGGAAUCCUUGAAUUAAUGGAUUUUUCAACACGCUCGAUGUUCCCAUGCAAAAAUGUGAGGAUGUCCAGAGUUGUUUCACUGAGUCAAACUCCAUGGAAGGGCAGGUAGACAGGGACUAGAGGCAAUCUUAACACUGCAAUGUAACUAUUGAAGUUUCUAUUAAAUGGAAUUUUUAUUUAUUUAUUUAUUUUCAUUGCAGAGUUAAAGGACCACUAUAGUGCCCUGAGGGUGCCCCCACCCUCAUUACAAUGCUUUCCUAUGGACGCUUGCGUGCUCUCACUGUGAUUUUCACAGUGAGAAUCACGCUAGCGACUGUCAAUGAGACAGCCACUAGAGGAAUUGGAGGAAGGAUUAACCCAUUUACAAACAUAGCAGUUUCUCUGAAACUGCUAUGUUUAUAAAAAAAAAAAUGGGUUAACCCUAGCUGGACCUGGCACCCAGACCACCUCAUUAAGCUGAAGUGGUCUGGGUGCCUAGAGUGGUCAUUUUAAGGGAACAGUCAAUGAGGAGAAGUGGUCUAGGUCCCUGUAGGGUACUCUAAGACUUAGAAGUAAACCUUUGUAAACCACAUUAACAUUUUAUAAAUGUGAAAAUGGAUGCAACUAUGUUUAGACAAAUGUUUUUCUCUUUUUUUUUUUUUUUUUGUGUAAUUAGCUUUGCUAUAAUUAUGUUGGAUGCAGGGUGGGGACCAGAAAGAUUUUGCUGGCAUGUAUUGCUUUUCUGUGGCAAAGGUUUGCUAGUGGAAAGACUUGACUCUCUAGUAACAACUGAAUAAAUCCAGAUUUAAAAUGAAACCCUUGAGGUAAAAACUGUACUCCUUGCAAUUUUGCGUUAUAAAAUUUAAUAAUUUAUUAUAACACCAAUCAAAAUAAAAUAAAAACUUGCUCAUUUUCGAGAUUUCCCCUAUGUAUUCUUUAGUGGACUCCAUAAACUACUACACCAUAAGUAGAUCUCCCCCAAGAGCUGUCCAGUCACAAUAUAAUGAACAGAUGUCAGUUUAUCCAUGUGCACUGUGAUUGGUAGUGAUGAUCAGCAAAUAUUAGGGGGUGUCUUGACGUUCCUGGGAGGAGGGAGCACAAUCAAAGUUGUGUGUGCUUGGACAAAUUGGCUAAAACUAGCAAGGCUUUUUGACGGCUCUGAGACUAGUUUAGAUCUUUCUUUUUACUUGGAUCCACUAGUCUGUAUAGAGGACAUGAAUUUUUUUUAAUUUUUUUAUUUUUUUUUUGCUGUCCCUUUAAAAACUUGUCUUAUUCCAGUGCUGCGUAAGUCUAUCAAGGCAGUCUCCACCUCCUUGGCUAAGAUCAGCAAAAUUGAUGCUCUCAGCCCAUUUAAUGCUUUCCCUCAGGAAAGCAUGCUAAGGCUAUUACAUGUGCAGGGACUGACUUUUGUUACCAGGACCACAACAUUAAGCUAUAAUUGUUCUGGUGAGUAGUGUGUUCCUUUAAGUUUACAAUUUUCUAUUUCCAUUUACUGCUGUUAAAACUAAGCUUAUGAUUAAACUCAAACUGUUUCCACCUACGCUGUCACAUCUUAAAAUAAUAUUGUGAAGCUUUGUGGUUUCUCUUCCUGAUUUAAGGAUGCAAAUUAACUAUUAUAUGCCAAGGCUUCUCUGGCCACCUUUGCCAUGCUGCAAUUUAUUUUUAGCUUCCUAUAGCUGUUAAGCUUAACCCUUUAAUUACGCUCAUUUGGCCUUUUGCGCUUCCUUCCUGAGAAGGGGAUUUUUUUUUUUCCCUGUUUUAUUAAAGCAAUGGGGCACUUGUUCUUCUGUUUUAUAUAACUGUGCUCUGCACGUACACUGAAAGGGGAAAUGUGUUAAUAUUUUUGUAAGUUUUCUUGCUGGAUCAUUGCGUAAUGUAUGGCUGCAAAGUUUCAAAUGUUAUAGUGAUUAAAGUGAGACACCCUCUAAUCACUUGGUGUAAAAUCACCAGUGUUUCAUUCGUUCACACUUGGUUGUCCCCUUGUGUUAUUUGUGUUGCAGCUCUCUGCUGAGUUGGCUUUCUCUUAAACAGAACAUUGAAGGAAAAAAAAAAAUUAAUUCCUGGAACUUCAUGAAACGCACAAGCCCGGGACUCUGCAUGUACAAGGGCAAGUAUUUGCGUCAGAUUGAGUAGUAAUGAUACUGUGGUGUCAAGACAAAUGUGAGUCUGGAUGACUCACUUUGUCAGGUGAAUGCUAAUUGUAUAACUUUGUUUUCCCUUAACGUUUUAGGUUCAAGGCACACUUAAUAUUUCAAUAUUUUUCCAAGGCGCCCCAAGUCAAGGAAGUUUGUUUUUCCUGGCACUAUAGUUCCCCUUUAAGCUGCUUGUUUUUUGCUGAGGGAAAAUGUAGUUUCUGUGGUGAUUGAAUCACUGUGGUUUUUGUGACUUACUUAUUUGACAAACGAACUCGUGUGAAUUUGACACAUGGGAUGUGCAUUUAAAAACAAACAAUAUUCACCAUAUACGAACAUUGUCUACAGUUACUCUAGUGAAAACUGUCCUUUGUGUAUCCUAAAUGGUGUUGCAUUAGCGAGUUCAGAGCGUCAAGCAAACUUUAGUAUCUAAAGUGUAAUGGCUGCUAAUUUAGUACAGUAAAGAAGGUUUUGUGCCCUCAGUAAAAUAAUAUAGUUCUACUCUCAGUAUAUUGAUAUCAAAUAAUAAUUACAAUAAUGGAAUGAUUUAGAGGGUUACUCCAAGCACUGUAAACACUGCACCCUGAUGGCUUCAUUCCCUGCUAAUGGAGCAAACCUUUUAGCAACAAUUUGGCAUGUUACCUUUUGUUAACUGGGUGACUUGCAUUCAACCUCUUCAAAUCUACAGGAGAUGGAUGCUGAUCUAGUCGGCAAAGAGCAUCAGCUGAUCGACUUCGGGCAAUGAAUUACCCUCUGUGCUCAGAAAUAUGCACAGUAUUGCCAUUAGCCAGCCUGGAGUUCUUCAUCUCGGCUGAGUAAUGGCGCUUCAGUGACACUACAAAGGCCUAAAUCUCUUUGUGUAGUUUUAUGGCAUAAUGUUGCACAUAGAGUCCCAGCACCACUUUAAUUCAGUGAAGUGAUUAUGGUCCUUGGAGUAAUCCUUUCAAGAAAUUAUUCCAAUUUGUUUACCAUCUGAAGCUAUUGUGUAGUGUGAACUGUCAGUGCUUCGUUUUGUCAGGGACCUGCUGCUGCCCAAUACUAAAAUUCUAUUAAACUUUCGUUCUUAAAUGUUUUCCAUGAUUACAUUAUAAAAAAAGACUGGUACAGAAUAUACAGUCCAAGCAAUCUUCUUAACUUCAUUCGUUUUUCACUUGAUUACAUGCGCAUUAUAUAUUAACUGGUGGUGUUGAACCACUAAACCAUGAAAACUUAUGUGGCCUUUGAAAAUGUCACCACACAUCACUACAUACAUUAACAGGACUCUCCAGGUAUAUUUUCAUACACCUAAAAUACCAAGCAUUACAUUAACAGCCAUGUCUUAAGUUACUCACCACUGCAAGCAAAUCGAGUCCAUGGCAGAUUCACCAGGGGUGACAUGUCACCAGCCAACUGCUACUGACAAUUGGAAGUUUUGAGUCUUGCAUCAAACUAUUGAUCAUAUUGGAAUAAGUAUGCCCUGGUUGUAUUUGUGUGCUUGUAAGCUUUGUUUUUACUUUUUUAAUUUAUUUUUUUAUUUUUUACCUUCAUGUCUGCAUAAUGCAGGAAUGUUUCCCUUGUACAAUAAAUAAGAAUAAGUGUAUUUUAAAAAAUGAUUGGAAACUGUAAAGUAGAAAAAAACAUGCAUUAUUGAUUUAAAAAAGAAGUUGAAAUACCAUCACCACUACACCUUUUUUGUAAUUGUGUUGUGAGUCUGUUUAAAGCGGCACUGUCCUCCCGAAUCUUUUUUUUUUUUUUUUUUUUUAAACCCCCUUCCGGCCUCUACUACAUCUAACUUUCACCCUAGUCACCCCCAAAUGCCCCUAAGCCCCCCACAUUACCUAUUUUUUAUUCCUUAUUUUCUGCCCCGAUCUUGAUUCAGGGCGCCGCCAUCUUUCUGUGGGUAGAUUAAGUCCCUGUGGAACAUGUCAUCUGCCCACACUAGAUAGACUGUGAGAUUCCCGCACAUGCCCAGUGAAACACCUGGACAUGCGAACGGGAAUUUCGUCUAUUCAUUCAUUUAUCAGACAGACGAAUGAGUGAAUAGAAAAAUCAAACGAACACUGAAUAUCAGUGUUCGUUUGUUCGUUCAGUUUAUUACAAGGAGGGAGCUACCGGCGCGCAGCUCCCUCCUUGUAAUAUGUAACUAUAGAAGCGGCAGGAGGCGAAGAUGGUGUUCACACUAUAGAGUCAGGUUUGUGUUUUUGGCCCUAUAGUGUUACUUUAAUAUUGGCCGAUGAGCCUGUAUGUGGCUAGGAAGCUGUUUUCUGCAUUAUGGUUUCAUUGAAGAGUGGCACUUAAAAUUUUAAGUCUUGGGUAAGAAGCAACCUACACCUCUUCAUUGAACCAGAAAAGGUUUGUCUUUUUAAUGUAACACACUCAGAUGUUAUGGCUGCUUAUCUUUUAAGUGGGGAACUGCCACUUCUCUCAAAGCAACAUUCAUUGUUUCCUACAGUGAGGCGUACAGUAAAGGAAAGUAUAGCAUAUCUCUAUGUUGGCUGCGUCGCGGUUAGUUGAUGUGCAGCAUGUGACCUAGCAGUGCAAGGACAGCCUGGCACUCAGUGUAAAUAACCUAAAUUAAAACAUCACAACCUGUAGCUACUCUUCAAUUGGCUACACAGUUGCAAAAAAGGGGUGACUGUUACACUUUUUUUCUGUGUUGCCAUUCAGAUUUGGAUUCACUAUAAUUUGGGGUUAAAAACCAUGGAGAGGCAGUCCAUAAAAGUGGGUUGUCUUUUUAGAUCAUGUGUAAGCGCAAACUAGAUCUUGUGCCAGUUAUAACUUUCUUUGAUACUACCUCCGUAGGAAUGUAUCCUCUCUGGUAUAAUGUCUGUGAAUGGCAAGAAGGUCCUGCACAUGGAUCGUAACUCGUACUAUGGAGGAGAAAGUGCUUCUAUUACACCUCUGGAAGAUGUGAGUAAUGUGCAACUGUUGGACAACUGGGAAAUAAUCCAGUCCACUUGUUUUAUGUGAACACCUAGCUAGCUCUGGAAUGCUUAAUUUGUAACUAACAAUUUCUUAGAAAUUUUCACAGCUGAAUUAAUCACAUUUCUGAAUCAACAAGUGCUUUGCUGCUAAUAAUGCAUAAUUUCUGUUUCUUUAUGGUGUACUCUGUUCUCUUCCUCUCAAAUUAUCCACAGUUGUAGUCUUAGCCCAUUCCUUGCACUAAUAGAUUAAUAGGAUUUAUAUUGAUAGUAACAUAGGUGUGUUUGUUUUCCUUAUUGGCUUGAGUCAUUGUAAUUCACUGGUCCUGUAAUCAAUCAUUCCCAUUCUAACAUUCCAUUCUAAUUUUCAUAUAAAAAAAAGUGUAUUUUUCCAAAGUUUAGUAGCUUAGUUCAGAGUGUAUUAAUGUUUUUGCAAGAUUUCAGUAUUUUGAUUUUUAAACAGUUAAGUGUUCAGUUAAAUGUAAUAAUAUUGGUAUAAUUUUAUUGAAAUUAAUCAAAACAGGUUAGUCCUGCAAAUAUAAGACUUUUUGUUCAAACACUGAUUUUUCUUUUCUUCUCCCCCCACCCACACCCUCCUUUCAGUUAUACAAAAGGUUUAACAUCCCUGGGAGUCCCCCUGAGGGUAUGGGACGAGGAAGAGACUGGAAUGUGGAUCUUGUUCCUAAAUUUCUCAUGGCAAGUGGUAUGUUAGCAAAUUUCUUCGUUUUUGAUUUACUUGGAUUAUGAGGCAAUUUGACUAUUUGGUUUGUAAGCAUCAGCAUGGCUUUAAACAAAAGUUAUAUAUAUAUAUAUAUAUAUAUAUAUAUAUAUAUAUAUAUAUAUAUAUAUAUAUAUAUAUAUAUAUAUAUAUAUAUAUAUAUAUAUAUAUAUAUAUAUAUAUAUAUAUAUAUUCUCUAUCUCUUAGUAUUUUGAUAUUAAUAUGCAUUCUCAACAUAGCGUUGGUGUGUAUGUUCAAUCAGCCAUAUGCAUGCACCUUGGGUCGGACAAUGUUUAAAUUUGACUUUUAGUCAGUCUGCCACUUCACUGUGCAGGGAGUAAAGCAGGAAGGACCAUAGCGACCUUCAGUAUUCAAACACUGUCUGACUCAAGGUGCCUUUAUAUACCUGGAGGAUCCUGUCAUAUAACACAUUUAUAACGUGAGAGGAUAAUGCACACACUAUUAGGAGGAUGCUCCCACUGGGGUGCUACAAACCAGGAUGGUCAACUCGCAAUCAAUCCAACUGGAAGAUAUACCUAUAUCUGGGCAUGCCCAAUGGUUUCUUAUUAGCAGGCAGUCUUCUAUUUGGAGCUGAGAGGAUAGUGCCGAAAAAUUCUUUUCCUCUGAACGUCAAAUAAGACUGCCUAUUAUUAAGAAACCAUUGUGUGUGUGUGUAUGUAUGUGUAUAUGUGUGUGUGUGUGUGUGUGUGUAUAUGUAUGUAUGUAUGUAUGUUCCAAUAUAACAGUUAGGGGUGCUUUGUCUUGGUUUUGUUUUCCUCAUCUGAAAUAAUGACUGGGUAGACUUCUGUGCAGAUGAGCUUGACUGGCUUGUGUGCAACAGUGGUUUGAACUGCAAUGAAUAGAAAGAGGCUUAAUUUUGUAUGUACAUUUUUAGGGAUCAACAAUAAAAAUAAAUUAGUGUUUAAUAUUUGGCUACUGACCAGGUCUUGAACAUUAAUUGCCGCUUUAAGCCAUAGCAUAUUAACCAGGGGUGAAUUUCUAUUUGCAUGGGCUAAAUUUUCACUUGGCAAGUGUGAGUAUAUUUUGUUGCAUAGAUUGAAAAAGAAAAACAGAGCCUAAAUAAGGGUAUGAGACAGGUUAGUGGUAGAAAAAAAUGGGGGGAUAACCCCUAAAUGGCUAAUAUAAAUGAAAAAGAGAAACUCCCAAUAGGUGUCUCAACAUAGGGAAUAGAAUCAUAAUCAUAUUGUCACAUUAGAAGUGAACUUUAAAAUGUAACUUUUUUAAUAAGUAUACUAAAAUAGACACAUAAAAGAAUAAUGAUAAAAACACAAAGCACAAGGCUAAAUUAUGUCCUGUUGUCUAGCUAGAGCUGACACUGAACUCUCAAAUGGCAAAUAUCGCAGGGAGAGUGGCAGUGAAAAAAGAUACUUCGUAAAUCAUAAUGUAACGAUUGCUACAAAAUGUGUAGCAAAAAAUAAGAGGGGAGCCAGAGUGCAUCUAUACACUAGACUCUCCUGCAGUAAAGAGUCUACUUGAUUUGAGAGAAAUGCCUCUUGUGCUCUAAAUAUCAAAUUGCUAAGUAGCACACCACUGUGGUUAAAGAAAUAAAACCAUAAUUAUCAGAAAAUAAUAAGGUGCCUGUAACACGGGAGUGUUCAGAAACGGUGAACCACUAGGAUUAGUAUAUAGCAAUCAGUGAAAGUAUAUAGAGUAUAGAAAACUUAGCGCUGGCUUAUUAGUAAAGAUCUAAGUGCCUUCAAGGGCACCCCUUAUAAAAUGCCUGCACUGCCUCUAUGACCCCCCCCCCCUCCCCCCAUAGCAAGCUAGUAGGUAGAAAACAGGACUACAAAACGGAUGCCUAGAUUGAAGAGCAAUUUUAGCUAGUGAGAUUACGGCUGUGUUGAUUCAACAGCAGAAGUAUAGCCGACGAAGCGUCCAGAGCCCCCUGACGCGCGGGUUUCGUCUGGGUUACUUAUCAGAGGGGAACUGAAGACCGGUAAGUAUCAGUAUUUAUGUGUUAGGGUGACCAAUGAGGAUAAAGGGGAGGGUUUUAGCUUUCUUGCUACUAAUUAACCCUAAAGAUACUUAACUGUGGGAGUGAGACGAUAUCAAUGUAAUCGAAAAAUGUGACUUGUUACAAGCUAAUACGUUAAAACAGAGAUCAACGAUGAUAGUGAUCAGUGUAUACAUAAAUGUUAGUGUUGGGAAUAAUUUAUAUAUAGAUAUAGAUAGAUCUGGCAGUUUGUUGAAUGUUCUGUAUUAGUUUACAGCCAGGGAUUACGAACUGAUACCAGAAUGAAUUACUAGUGCAGAUCUUAUGGACCGUAUUUAGUGCAUGCUGUCGAUGGGAAUAAGGUCACAGAUAUUAUUAUAUAGCAUGUAUACUAUAAUGCAUAGAGACUAUAAAGGGAACCUAGUAGAGAAGACAAGACAUAUUGUAUAUCUACUUAAUGUUUCAGAUAUCAUGGAAUAUGGGUGAGGAACAAAUCAAAUUAUUGUUAGUAUCAGCGAUUAAAUGAAAAGAAUGCUACAAAUGGCCUAUAUAGGAGUUUAAUAAAUUAACAUAAGGGGAAAAAAAUCUCAACAUUCUAAAUGGACUGAAAAAUUGGUGACAUUCUGAUGUUAGUGCAUUUAGUGCAUUAUCCUAACAGAUUCGCUAUAUUUUCUAUUUGAGUUCAGUGUUCGCUCUAGCUAGACAACAGGACAUAAUUUAGCAUUGUGCUUUUUGUUUUUAUCAUUUUAUUCUCUUAUGUGUCUAUUUUAGUAUACUUAUUAAAAGUUAAGUUUUAAAGUUCACUUCUUCUGCGACAUCGAUUGAUUCUAUACCCUAUGUUGAGACACCUAUUGGUAGUUUUUUUUUCUUCUUUUUCAUUUAUAUUAUAUUUUGUUGCAGUCGAAGAAUGGGUCUUUCACCAAACUUUAAAGGGACACUAUAGUCACCAGAACAACUAGCGCUUAUUGAAUUUGUUCUGAUGAGUAGAAUCAUUACCUUCAGGCUUUUUGCUGUAUACACUGUCUUUUCAGAGAAAAUGCAGUGUUUACAAUACAGCCUAGUGAUAACUUCACUGGCCACUCCUCAGAUAGCUGUUAGAGAGCCUUCCUGGGUCAUGGCUGCCUAAAAUGCAUCCAAACAUUCAGUGUCUCCACCCUCUGCAUGCAGACACUGAACUUUCCUCAGAGAUUCAUUGAUUCAAUUCAUCUCUCUGAGGAGAUGCUGAUUGGCCAGGGUUGUAUUUGAAUUGUGCUGACUCUGCCCCUGAUCUGCCUCCUUGUCAGUCUCAGCCAAUCCUAUGGAGAAUCACUGUGAUUGGAUCAGGCCACCACUUCUGAUGAUGUCAGCAAACUGCUUGCUAGUCUGAGGCAGACAGGGCAGAGCCAGCAGCUUUGGGAUUUUGAGAUUUUGGGAGGCAUGAGGGGCCCAGGGGGCUAGAUGGUGGUUUUAACACUAUAGGGUCAGGAAUACAUGUUUGUGUUCCUGACCCUAUAGUGUUCCUUUAAAAUUAAGAAUGGGUUGAGAAAUUUUAUUCUAGACUAUCCAUCUGAAACCGUUCAUGAUAUAUUAUAGUCUCCUAUACUGCUCAUUCCCAGUUCCUGUUAAACAUGAAUACAUCUUAAACUGUGUGCAUUUGCAUUCUUUUCACAUUUAGUUUUUCUUUUCUCCGUGAACUGCUGUAUAUACACAGUUGCUGGUUUGCCAUUAUGCUACGUAUUCAUCCCUUAUUUCAGAUAUAUUAAUCUUAAGUUGUUUAAAAGCAACUAAAGUCACCCAGACCACUUCAUCUCGACGAAGUCAUCUGGAUGUAGUAAUCCUGUCUGUUUUCAGCCACUAGAGGUGCUUAUUCCUCCAGAACCAAGUGCAACUCUUAUCCUGGAAUCAAAUGCUGCCAGCAGCAUCAUUUGAUUAAAGGACCACUCUAGGCACCCAGACCACUUCAGCUUAAUGAAGUGGUCUGGGUGCCAGGUCCUUCUAGGGUUAACCCAUUUUUUUUAUAAACAUAGCAGUUUCAGAGAAACUGCUAUGUUUAUGAAUGGGUUAAGCCUUCCCUCUAAUCCUCUAGUGGCUGUCUCAUUGACAGCCACUAGAGGCGCUUGCGUGCUUCUCACUGUGAUUUUCACAGUGAGAGCACGCCAGCGUCCAUAGGAAAGCAUUAUGAAUGCUUUCCUAUGUGACCGGCUGAAUGCGCGCGCAGCUCUUGCCGCGCGUGCGCAUUCAGCCGGCGGGGCGUAACGGAGGAGGAGAGGAGGCAGAGAGCUCUCUGCCCAGCGCUGGAAAAAGGUAAGUUUUAACCCCUUUCCAGAGCCGGGCGGGAGGGGGUCCCUGAGGGUGGGGGCACCCUCAGGGCACUAUAGUGCCAGGAAAACGAGUAUGUUUUCCUGGCACUAUAGUGGUCCUUUAAAGGAGCACAGCAUUUGGAUGUUCUUGCUCAUAGAGAAGCAAUGGAUUGGAGGUACUUCUGUAGAAGUCAACAGGUGUUGUGAUGUCUUUAAAUGCGGAGCAGGUGAGUGCCGCAGUAGAUUCCCAGCACUGGGUGUAACGUAAGUAAUCUCUUCAACGUUAAUUUUUUUAAUGCCAACGAGGAGGGGAUGAAAGGAAAAUAGCGAUCAUAUUCAAUACUAUAUGUUCCAUUGUAACAGAUCCGGAACUGGUCAAAAUGUUUGCUGCAUUGUUAAUAAAAUGUGGAUUUGCCCUGUACAAUAUCUUGUAGUGGAGUGGUUUUUGCUUGUUGAAAUUCCACAACUGUCAGUUGACAUUGGAAAAGUAUGUAAGAGUUGUUUGUAAAUGUUCUCAAUUGUCAAGUUACAGUAAUCAGUGUUUUACAUUCAUAUAGAAGCAGACAAUUUAUUUUUGCUGUGGAUAUGGCUUAUUUGAAUAGGAUAUUUUUUUUUUUUUUUUACUUUUUAUUUAAUUUGAUCCAUGUAAUAUUUACAAAUUGUAAUUGCAAUGUGAUCUUUUGACUUGCCAUCAUUUUUCUGUGUUGCAGGUCAGUUGGUCAAGAUGCUGCUUUACACAGAGGUUACUCGCUACUUGGACUUCAAAGUCAUCGAGGGAAGUUUUGUGUACAAAGGUGGAAAAAUCUAUAAGGUGCCUUCCACAGAGACAGAAGCUCUGGCAUCCAGUGAGUGGUAUUUAAAAAAUAUAAAUAAAUCAUGUGGCACGUAAUUCAUUUUUAAAAAUUAUUUUAUUGAGAAAUACUUGGAAAUUAUAUUCCUUUCCUACUUCUUAUACCUAUUAUCCACUCUAUAAUUUAAAGGUAAUGAGACAGCCUUUUUCUGUGCUAAAUAUUUUAACAGCGUUGCAAUCUUUUCUAUCCUUCCUGCUUUUUUUUUAAAGAGGGAUUCGAUAAUGAAACUGGUUGUAGUGCUACAAGUUUUAGGUUCUUGCACUCUUAACCUUACUUUAAAGACUAACGUGGGAUGUGCAUGUCUAUAAAUCCAUGACUGAAAAUACAGUAAACUAAAUUCAGUCUGGAUAGAUUAUAUACAACUAGUUUUCAGUGGUGGUUACUGUAAUCCUAGUAUUCUAGUUCAGUUGAUAAUGACCAACUAGUGACGCAAAAAAAAAUUAUAUAUAGGGGACUGCUGCUGAUGCUUUGGCUCAAUACAAAUUGAAGUCAAGCACUAAAUGCUGAAACUGGUCAAAUUCAGCCACUUUAAUUCUGCCUCAUUCCCUUCAGUUCAACUUAUAACAUUUGUGACACUCACUCUAGUCAUCACCCGAGUUAAAAUCUCAUUGAGCCAAAUGAGUCUCUGAAAUUUUAAAGUGGGCCUAUGAUUUGUAUUAAUGACCCCAGCUUUAUUGUAAGUGAAUUGCUGCUAAAAAAGACCCCCAAUUAGGGUGAGUAGAGUUUUACAGUUAAUUUGCAAUUCAACAGUGUGUGAAUGGCUGAAUUAACAAAUCUAUAGAGAUUUAGCAGAUUUUACCAUCUAGCCAAACUGGAUCUCAAUGGAAAUUUAAAAUAUGCCUGAAUCAGACAAAUUAGCCAUAUGAGUUUUGCAUAGCAAAGUGUUGAUUCAAACAGUCCUGUUUAGAUCAUGUAGUGCCUAUUAAAUUGACUUAAAAAGAUGUGUGGGUUUUAAGAACUAUACUUAGUACAAUAUAAAUACAAACUGCAAAUGAUUUAAUAUCCUAUUUGUACAUAAAUACCAUAUAAUACUACGGCACGGGUGAUAUAUUAUACAAGAUGGAGAACUGAAAAGACCAGUAUAAAUUUUUUCGGUCAGUCUGUUCUUCUUUUUUUAGUGUUUUAGAUUUAUCUUCUGACUCCAAACUAUCCAUUUAAUUAGAUUUAAUCUUACUUUCCUCAAGGUUUGAUGGGUUUGUUUGAGAAACGUCGCUUUAAAAAGUUCCUAAGCUAUGUGGCUAACUUUGAUGAGAACGAUUCAAAGACACUGGAAGGAGUUGACCCAAAGAAAACAACCAUGCGUGAUGUAUACAAAAAAUUUGACUUGGGCCAGGAUGUGGUUGACUUUACAGGCCAUGCUCUUGCUCUUUACAGGACUGAUGAGUGAGUUCUGAAAGAUCCUUUAUUGUGACUUUUGUAUUGUAUUUUAUGGACUUUCUAAACUAGAGUUGUAUUUAGUAGUUGUCCUGCCUCUAGAAAGUGGUUGAUCCUACAAGCCGUGUUCAUUGCCUACUUACAUACAUUUGAGUUUGACAACAAAUAAAAAUACUGAUCUCACAUUGUCAUUCGAUGGACUUAAAGGAAGGGGGAACGUGGACCUUUUGCAAAGUGUGUGUGUGUGUGUGUGUGUGUGUGUGUGCGCGCUUUUCAUUUACAGAAGUUGUAAUUUCUGCCCUCCUUAUAAACCAGCGAAUAAAAUACAAACUUAUCAGGAAUCCAGUGCGGGGCUAAGCUCCCCCAUACUGAUUUCCCCAAACUGUUUAAAUUGUCGCAUAUGUCAUGGUUUCUUAUAGAUAAACGUUUGACUGGACCUUUCCAUCAUUGCGGAGUGCAUGCGCGUGCUCUAGGCCCGUGAGGGCUUUAAUUAUUUAGGUGCAGGCAGUGGUGCAGUGGACACUGAAGAAUCCAAGACUUACUGCCUGCAAGGGAAAGGCUCAUUAUAUGGAUCACUAGUGGGUUCUGAAGACAGAUGUAAUUUUUGCACAGGAUUGAUAAUGGGCAGCCUGAAACUUCCCUUACCCCAUCCCCCACCUGCAGGACACCAUCUGUAUUAAAAAGAUGCUUCAUUUAAAAUAGUUGUUUUGUUGCUAAGUAUCCCUUUAAACCAUCCUCACAAAGUCGUUUUUGUGUAACAUGAUACCUACUGCAGGGGAAGUCCUAGUAGGUGGUCUAAAAAAAAAACAUGUUCAAAAUAGGAUAAACAUCAUAUGUUCAUAUUAAAACAACUUUCUAAAUUGAGGUGGCACACUUUUUCAUGUCAUAGUGAGUAUGUUUCCACUUUCAAAUAUGAAACUGCCUCAAAAGUGAAUAGUUGAGCUAUUUUUCUCAUGAGAACCCAUUGUGAUGUAAUACUUUUCUCUCAAUUUUUCUUUCUAGCUAUUUGGAUCAGCCCUGUCUUGAGACUAUAAACCGGAUAAAGCUUUACAGUGAAUCUCUUGCUCGAUAUGGCAAAAGCCCUUACCUGUAUCCACUCUAUGGCCUUGGAGAGCUGCCACAGGGAUUUGCAAGGUAAGUAUCAGCAAGUAUAUGCUUGUCUGAUGUAUUUGACUAGGGAAUUGGUUACAUUAAAAGGAUGAACGGGAAAACCGCUUUAGUGAACUAAACUAGUCUUGGUUAGUCCAUAGACUUGCACGGUUACAUAGCUUCUGCAAAAACUGCCUUGUAGUGCCUGGUUUAUCUCAAUCCUGUAAAGCGGCACCCUGUCCUGUAUAUAGUCUUCAUGUGACGGAUGCUGAAUCCAGUCUUGGGAAUGCAUUAGAGGGAUCAUGUGAGCACUAUAACCAUUUCAUCUAAUUAAUUUAUGGUGCCUGGAGUCCUCUGGCACUGUGGCUCCAUUCAUUAUUAUACUAUUUUUGAGCAACUUAAAACUGACUGACGGUUGCUGGCCACCCCUAACCUGGCCACCCCUAACCCAGCCCCACUGGAGGUAUGGCUAAGGCAAAGCGCACACAUUUUAUUAUAGUCCUACUGCUUCACACCUGCAGUGGCACUGUGAUAGGAUGGUCAGCUGACACCCUCAGCCUAUCACAGCUGCGCAUUAUUGCCCAGGCUAAUGCUUUCCUCAUUAGAACAAGAAGCACAAAGGGAAUAGACUGCUUUACUAGUAUUAAAACAUUAAAAACUGUUUAAUGCUGAAAUGAAGUGCAACAUUGGUGGAAAUUAGAAACCAUAAUCACUUAAAUGAGAUGAAGCCGCUAUGGUUCCUACAGUGUCCUAUUAAUGCGUGUCCCCUCUGGGUGGUUAAUUCAGUGAACUGGUGGAGUUCUAGAAAGAGCAGCAUUUCACAGAUGAAUUAAAGCUAUACGUGUAAAAACUAAAUGUGCUUGAUUCUACAUUUUUAAAGUGCAGUAGUUGAUUUAAAUCCAUUUUUGUGUGAUACAAUUUCAAAUUUCCUUCCUGGUAUGUCUGUAUUAGUAGCGGGAAAAUUAGUCUUGUUUUUGUAGCUACUUGAAAUGAUAAAGAUGUAUCACUGUGUAUAAUCAGUCUGUAUUAUCAAAGAGGCUGUAAUCUCUAAAACAGACCUACACCAAUACCUGGUGUUUACAUGACAUGGUUAUAGUAAUUGUCACAAUUCUGUGUGUGUUUUAUAACAUGCCUAAGAAAGCAGUCUGAUCCAACAGUUCUGUUACAAGUCAAAGAACUGUGUAAACUCUAAAUUAAAGAUGUAAUUUAUAGAAUCUGAUUUAGUUCUUCUCAGAUUAGUUUCCACUGAGCUAUUAACCAGCUUUAUCGGGUGCAGUGUAAAGAAACUAUUACUACCAUAGAAGGAUUAAAUAAUCGAUAUGUAACAUAUAUAAUUUUACCUCUUUGAAAGAUUUUUUUUUUUAAUAUUAUAUCAUUCGAGACAUUAUUUGUUUUACAGACUGAGUGCUAUUUAUGGUGGUACCUAUAUGUUAAACAAACCAAUAGAGGAAUUGGUGAUGGAAAAUUGCAAAAUUGUUGGUGUGAAAUCAGAAGGAGAGGUAAGCAUCUCGUAGAAGCUUUAGAACUUCCUUUUUAGAACGGUCAGCACCUGUACACCUAUCCUAUGCACUUUUAUAGUGGCCUCGAGAAAUUCCUAGUUAUAUGCACCCUGAUUAAUAAAAAGGAAACGGACAUGGUCUUAUGUCAUUUCUUCUAAAAACUUAAAUGCAUUGCAUAACUUUACGGAAAUGUUAUAUUCGCAUUUAUAUAGUGCAAGCCUAUUCCGCAAAUCUUUACAAUUAUAGAAAGGGAAUUGGUCAAUGCUUUAUAGGUAUGGGUUAGCACUUUGAAUUGACUCCUAUAGGAUACAAGAAGACAAUGUAAGAACUGACAGAGGGGUGAGGUGUGAGAGGAAAAUCAGUCUGGCGGCAGCAUUCAUUAGAGACUGGAGCGGGGCAAUACGGUUUUUGGGAAGACCAAUUAGGAGAGGGUUACAAUAAUCCAUGCAGGAAAUUACUAGAGCAUGGACAAGGUCCUUAGUGGCAUCUUGUGUAAGAAAGGGGCGGAUGCAGGCUAUGUUUUUAAGAUGGAAUCUACAGGACUUGACAACAUGCUGUAUGUGAGGCUCAAAGUUGAGGCCAGAAUCGAGAACACCAAGACAGCACGCUUGCAAGGAUGGACUUAUGUGGAUACUACUAACUUAAAGGGAGAGUGAAAGAGGAGGAAAGACAAGGAGCUCAGUUUUAGAGAGAUUGAGUUUCAGAAAGCGGGAGGACAUCCAGUCCGAGAUGGAAGAAAGGCAAGCAGUGACACGUUGCAGGACAGCAGGGGAGAGGUUCAGGAAGGAUAUAUAUAUAUAUAUAUAUAUAUAUAAUAUCUCUGGGUCUCAUCAGCGUACAGGUGGUAGUGGAAUCCAAAUAAGGUAAUAAGUUUGCUAAGAGACACAGUAUAAAGAGAAAAUAGAAGGGGACCAAGUACAGAGCCUUGGGGGACUUCAACCGAAACAGGACGAGGGGAGGAGGUAUCAUUAGGAAAGGAGACACUGGAUGAGUGUUGGGUGAGAUAGGAGGAAAACCAUGAGAGGACAGCGUCACAGAGACAGUAAUUUGAAGAGUUUUAAGAAGAGCAUUGUCAACGGUGUCAAAGGCAGCAGAGGGGUCAAGAAGAAUAUGGAGUACUGGCCUUUGGAUUUAGCUGCGAUUAGGUUGUUGGUAACUUUGAUAAAAGCAGUCUCCGUAGAGUGGAGGGGGCGGAAGCCAGAUUGAAGAGGGUCAAGGAGAGCGUUGGAAGUGAGACGAAUCUGUUCCAGUUCAAAUGCAGUGAAGUUACCACUGCUCUAGCAAGCUGUUAUUUUAUAUAUUUUAUAGAGUUAGAUAUACAUAUAACUUCUUAAAGUAACUAACUUGUAAUCUUUGUCUAUUCAUUGGGGGGAUCCUUCCUAUAACUUGUGCAAUGCAUGAGAUUGUGACUUUCCCACAGCUGUCAUAGCUGGUGGCAUUGACAAAAGGUGACUAAGAUAGCUCUGCUUUUUUUGGGGGGGGGGUCAGCCUUGCAAUUUAUCACAAGACAGAAUUGUCUCAUAUAUAUUUUUAAUUUGGAAUUUAAUUGAAUCCAAAUGCAGUCCUGUGCAAUUAUGAAUACUUCUUUAAAAAAAUAUAUCUUUCGGAAAUUGCCAGAACGGACAGAGUCAAAAUGUUUUUUCUAUAUUUGAUUUUGUUUACUUUAUACAAAUAAGUUUGUGAUGCAGUUUCAGUCCAAAACACUUUAUUUUCUGUUAAGGCCUCAUCUAUUUAUAAUACCACAUGUGGUAAGCAAAUAAAGUUUUUCUUUGGGGAGACACUGUAAAAUGUGUGGGGGUUUUAUUUUGACAAUUAUUCAAAUUGCUGAGUGAUACAGUAACUUUAUUAUUUAAAUCACUAUUGCCACUAGUAAACCACUAUAGAUACACGUAUUAAGAAAAUACAUGCAUCUAUGUACAAUGAAAUGCAUGUUAAAUUUUACAUGAACCAUAAACAAUUGUAAUUAAGAAACCUUUCAUAAUAUUUUCCUUUAUUUUUUUUCAUAUAUAGGUUGCUCGUUGCAAACAACUUAUAUGUGACCCUAGUUAUGUUCCAAACCUUGUCACUAAAGUGGGUCAAGUUGUACGCGUAAUCUGCAUUUUGAGUCACCCAAUAAAGAACACAAAUGAUGCUAACUCCUGCCAGAUCAUCAUCCCUCAAAAUCAGGUCAACCGGAAAUCUGGUGAGUUUCUCAAUUUUUUUUAUUUAUUGGUUUCAUAUUCUAUUUUGCACACAGUUUAUAAAAUAAAGACAAAUGUAACUUCACUUAUGUGAGGAUCUCUUAAAACAAAGUGUGAAAACUGUGAUUGUAGUAAACCAGCCUUAUAGGGAGCUAUACUUUGAAAACAACCGAAGAAAACAUAAUACUAACAAAGUAUGUGAUAGACGUGCCUGUUAAUUCCACUACAACUCCUUAGUGAUAUUCAAACAGUCAUUGAGGUGACAUAACAUGUUAUAUACACUAUUCCUUACACUGCUAGUUGAUCAUGGUAUAGAUGUAGGCUCUGAGCUGUCGAGAAUUAUCUUACUGCUAUGUUCCUAAUACUAACCUUACUAUAAUGAUUGCUUUCUUAAACCUGAGCCAGAACAAAAGGUUCUUUUAAAAGCCAAAUGCGCGUUGAUCAUGUGUUCUUGCUCUCUGCCAAGAUAUGAAGUGUGUUUGUUGUGUGGUGGUGGUUGUUUUUAUUUAUUUAUUUAUUUAUUUAUUAACCCCUUAAGGACGGAGCCAAAUGUACAUGUUGUGAACAAAACAAAAUGUAAACAAAACCUGGCAUUUGCGCUACAUGUCUGUCCAACCGUAAUUCACCUCUUUCAUAGUAAAUGCACCCACCCAUAUUAUAUAUUCAGGGGAAACAGGGCUUUCAUUAAUAUCAAAUAUUUAGCUAUGAAACAUAAUUUAAUAUGAAAAAAUUGGAGAAAAUAAGAUUUUUCUAAAAAUUUUUAGUUCUAAAUGACAUUUUAACUGUCAAUGUCAUAACUGUUUGCUUUUACUGCAAUAAAAUACACAUAUGUAUUCAGCAAAGUCUCACGUGUAAGACAGUACCCCCUAUGUACAGGUUUUAUGGCGUUUUGGGAAGUUACAGGGUCAAAUAUAGCACGUUAAAUUUAAAAUUGAAAUUCGCCAGAUAGGUUAUGUUGCCUUUGAGACUGUAUAGUAGCCCAGGAAUGAAAUUUACACCCAUAAUGGCAUACCAUUUGCAAUAGUAGACAACCCAAGGUAUUGCAAAUGGGGUAUGUCCAGUCUUUUCUAGUAGCCAUUUGGUCACAAACACUGGCCAAAGUUAGCGUUGGUAUUUGUAUGUGUGUGAAAAAUGCAAAAAACGCCAAUUUUGGCCAGUGUUUGUGACUAAGUGGCUACUAAAAAAGACUGGACAUACCCAGUUUGCAAUACCUUGGGUUGUCUACUAUUGCAAAUGGUAUGCCAUCAUAGAGGUAAUUUUCAUUCUUGGGCUACCAUAGGGUCUCAAAGGCAACGUAACCAAUCUGGCUAAUUUUAAUGUGGAAAAAAAUGAAACGCAAGCCUUAUAUUUGACGCUGUAACUUCUGAAAACCCCAUAAAACCUGUACAUGAGGGGUACUGUUGUACUCGGGAGACUUCGCUGAACACAAAUAUUUGUGUUUCAAAACAGUAAAGUAUCGCAGCAAUAAUAUCAUCUGUAAGUGCUGUGUGUGCGUGAAAAAUGCAAAAAAGUCACUUCUACUGGCGAUAUCAUCAUUGUAACACAUUUUACUGUUUUGAAACACGAAUAUUUGUGUUCAGCGAAGUCUCCCGAGUAGAACAGUACCCCCCAUGUAGAGGUUUUAUGGUGUCUUGGAAAGUUAUAGGGUUAAAUAUAGUGCUAGCAAAUUAAAUUCCCUUUACUUUCGGCAUGGGUUAUCAGGCAGGUCCCGCUAAUUGUAAUUAAGAUACCUAAUUAUGUAAAAAUAUUACAUGUAUAUGUGUGUGUGAUCUAAGUAUAUAAUUUUGCCCCCCCUCUGGCAAUGCUGCAGACAGCUGUCCCGGCCAUGUGAUUGUGAGUUCCUCGCAAGGACCUCAGUCUCACAUGGCUGGGGGGGCUUCCAGGGGGUCGGACGUGCCGAGUGGGAUCGCCAGCGACCGGGUAAGUAAGAAAAGACCAGAGGGCGUACUAUUACGCCCGGCGGCGUUUAGAGCCGCUUAGAAUAGGGCGUAAUAGUACGCCCUCCAGUCAUAAGGGGUUAAAAAAAAUUUCACAUCAAUCACAUAGCCUGUCCAAGUGUGUUGCUGGAUUGCUUCGCUUGUAAGGCAUUUUGCAAUGUAUUAGAAUUCAUAAUAUUGUAUUCAUAAUUGCCAGACGCAUUUUAUUAGAGCGCCUGAUCUUGAUGACUCAAUCUGCAAUUUUUCAAACUACCAGUACUCUCAUCUGUCACUAAAACCACCCUACCUGUCACCUGUACCUGACUGGUGCUCUGGAUCGGUACCACACAGUGCCAGUCGGUAGAUUUAUUUGGAGAAACUAUGGGGCCUGGUAAAAUGUGGGGGUAAUCCUAGUCCCCACUAGACUGUUCUGCCUAAAUUUUCCUACCUCCGACACCAGCUCCUACUGGCUCCUGCCAACAGGCGCACUCACAAAGAUGCCCUCUCUUCUUUGACCAGGGAAGGCAUGACACUGCUUCAGGCAACUCAACCUGGCUCAAUUGAGGGAUUUUUGAAAGCAAUUAUUUUUAUUUAUUUUUUUAAGUUUCUGGGCCGCCUUGGUGGUGCAUGCAGCUGCAGCACCACGCUUGCCUCUGUAGGGUGAUCAUUGGAGCGAGCACCUGAAGCGAGGGGGGGGCCCCCUCUGGGUACUGCACUGGGGUCAGCGCCUUUCAUUUUUAAUUCUUCGCCCACCUUGGCUUAAGGUCACUGGGGGUAUUUCCCCAAAGCAUCAUCCACCCCAGCGGGGGACAGUCAGCCAAAAGCGACCAACAUCGGAACCUCCUUCUCUCCCCUGCACCAGAGGGACUCUGAGAGCCCCCCAAGUUUAUGGCCCAGAGAUGCUGGCUUAUACUUCAUCUUGGGCGGCAGCUAUGCCCUAUCUCUAUCCUGUUAUGCAGCUGCCAUCUGUCACCCUAUUGCAUAUUCCAGAUGCUCCAUGAUUUCCAUAAUCUAAUGAUUGGGAAAUCCUUGCUAUAUAAAGACCUACUGUUUAGGAGUUAUCAUGCUCUUUGUGGACGCCAUCUUUUGUUCUUACAUUUUUAUUUGCUUUUCGCCUGUAGUCUUUUACCUUUCUUUUGUUAUGUUUAUUCCGUCUCACAUUGCUUUGAGCACUUUGAUAUAGUGCUCAGUUCCAGUGGUAAUUUUCAGCCUGUUGCCCAAUAUAGCAUAUUACACAAUGGUCUUCGUUUCGUUCUGUUUUUGUUUUUAUUUUUUUUCUUCUGUCCAAUAAACCAAUACCAUGCUUUUAGUUUUCUACUAAUCUUGUACUGCAUAGCCAUGUGUAACUAGCCUGUUUUUUCUUUGUAAUUUAUAAAUGAGGUACUUGCCUAGGAGUUUAUUCCCUUGCGCUUAUUAACCUUGUAGUACCUCUGUUCAUCUCCGUGCUAAGCUCUAUACACAUGUGAUGCUUGUUAUAACUUCUGUAUGUGUGAUGUUAACCUUCAUUUUGUCAACUAAAAAAAGAUUGACAAAAGAAACCAGCAGAACUGCUAUUCUAACAUAGGUUGUGCAUGCCAUGAUUUCGCACAACCUAUUAAGAAAAAAAAUGUACUCAAAUGGUUCUCCUUUGCUGAAAUACUAUUGUGUAUUUCAUUUGCUUUAGCUCCAUUAUUGAAAUGUCGAUUCUGCUUUUUACAUUACAUAAUGUUUUUGUUUUUUCCCAUUGCAAAUUGGCUUUGCCAUUUACUGCCAUUUGGCGAUAUUUAUUACAUCAGUUCUAACAUGUCUGUCAGUCGGCAGGGAUUUUUUUUUCUGUUUUAAACUGCACUUUGCUUUAUAUGGGAGUAUGUAGCCUUUAGAUGUAUCCUGAUCCCAAUAUAACAUUUUGACUGUAAAAUGUGGCCUCCAUUCUGACUCAGAUAAAUCAAUGGGUGUUCCAGUCACACCGCAAGCUUGUAAAUUUACCUUUUUUAUUUUUAACAAGUAAUCAUCCCGGCUUGCGACUCAAAUUUUAUUUUUUUAUAAAUAAAGGUUAGUUAAAUUGUGCAGCAGUGUGGGGCGGGGCCUGACAGCCAAGAUACCUGGACAUAUCUCACACUAGCUCCUGCUGAUUUGAUCUAAAACCUUGCUUUUGAAACACACAAUCCUGCCUUUCGAGCCCUCAAUCCUGCUCAAAGGAGCCAGGAACUGGCAGAAGAUCGACACAUUCACUAAGGUUGCCCAGAUCGUGCCUGUGUUGUGUCUGUAACAAGCCCCGCCCUGCGGCCUGCUGAAGUGACAAUCCUGAAAACCAGGAGAAGUGGCCGAUGAUCUGGCCCAGGGACUGCACCACAUCUCAGCUUGUGGUAGCCUCAUUACCCCCUCCCCUCUUUGGACCAGCGCCGGUUAUCCCGUCCCCACUGACCUUGAGUGCAACACUGUGGAGUUGACGACCGCAUGGUGGAGCGAAGAUGGCCACUGCGCAUCUGGCACCCGCAUGUUCCAACAGGGUCUAGCAGGAAAGAGUGGAGAGAGUUGUUUGAGGCCAAAUCUGAAGCGCUCUGUUCAGCAGUUUUAAGCUGCUUCCACAGCAUCCCCCUGCCCCCAAUCUCUGCAGCACUGGCAGAAUCACUGCACCAAGUCACUGAAGUGACUCCUUGCCCUCCCACCGAGCCAAAGGCUCUGUGGAUACUCACCCAUCCAGUUACUCCACUGACCAACACAACUACACCAGCUUCCCGUUUCUCCUGGGCCGGGGGCUCGCCUAGAAAGUCAACCAGGCUGCCGUUCAUACACCCUAGGGGGAAACCAAGCCUAAGGAACCCUGCGGGCACCAGAUUUAGUGGAUCUAUGGACACAGGGCACUAGUCUCCCUUCAGACCCGGAGUUGCAGGUAUGGGAGACAACAGCUGGAUGGCCUACUUCGCUAUCUCUAGAGUGUCAACUUGCAAAAUCUGCACAGCACUUGGACGGAGGGAAGGCAGGACAGUCCUGAAGAGGACCAGUACUAGCAACCCUGGACUAUCUGUGACAUAGGGUGAUCUACUGCAACGUGACUAGCUCCUGUUUCUAAUGCUAAAAGCGGGGUCGCACUUGUUUGCCUUCUGUGUUAUUUUUUUCUUUUAUUUGCCUUGUGUUACCUCUCCUUUGUUUUAUCUCUCAACCCAGUGGUCUUACUAAUUACUCUCAAUGCCAGUAUGUACAGACUGUGUAGUUUUGUGCAUUCACUCAGUCUCUGGCACGUCUCAUCUUGUGUUUCAUCAUACUAAAACGAGCAAUGUUCUUCUAUGACAUUUCAUGCUACUCCUAUGUGAAUUAAUCAUUCUUGUAUGUGCUAUUAAUUACAAAAUUGUGCAUGUUAUCUAAGGUGUCCCACUGUUUCUGUUGAUUAGCUUGUGGAAUUGCCGUUAGGGCACCUCAAGCCUGCGUGUAACCUUCUGCACUGCAAAAAUACAAAAUUAAAAAAUUGUGCAGAAACUUGCUUUUCUACCCUACUCUUACCUUUUUGUCUCACUCCCUCUAGCAUGUAAGUUCAUUGAGCAGGGCCCUCAAUCCCUCUGUUCCUGUGUCUAACUUGUCUGGUUAUAAAUACGUGUCUGUUAGUCCACCCAUUGCACGGUGCCAUUUGUCUGUUAUUUAGUUUGACUAUCAAAUUCCCUACUGCCUUCAUUUUUGGUUUUGGAUGAAAAAAUUGUGCUAGGUUUUCUCCACUGGAAUAAGUUUUAUUUGAAAGAAAGAGAACGUUAUAGCAAAUGUUUUACUGCAUAUUUAAGGCCAACUUAAUUAUUUUAAAUUGACACAGGUGGCUUUCUUACUGUUUUGCAGUCUCUUUAUUUUUUGCUUACAUUGAUAGUAUAGUUUUGUUUAUUUUCCUUUCUCUUUUUAUUUAAGAUAUCUAUGUGUGCAUGAUCUCAUAUGCACAUAAUGUAGCUGCACAAGGAAAAUACAUUGCUAUAGUAAGCACUACUGUUGAAACGAAUGAUCCUGAGAAAGAAAUCAGGCCUGCUCUGGAACUGCUUGAACCCAUUGAACAGAAGUAAGUAUUUUCUUUCUUUGGAAUGGGAGUGUCAUUGUUCGAUAUCUAUGCCACUGCUGUUAAAUUAUAAAUUACAAUCUUCUGCUUUAAAUUAAUAAAAUGACCUAUAUUACUAAUAUUUUUAUCUUGUGUUCUGUAAAUUAGAUUUUCACUGUUUUGGUUGAAUUGCAUUAAUUCCAGAAGUAACUGCCUUUGACUAUUUUAUGUUUGGCUUCUUUGUGACUCAAAGUAUUAGCUGUAGUUUGUGUCCAUAAAAAAGCAUUUUCUUUUCUUUUCUUUUCUUUUUUUUUUUUAUUUCAGAAAAAAUUUGUUGGUAAAACUGUAAUUCUGAUCAAUUAUAUCUUUUCUUUCUAGGUUUGUUAGCAUUAGUGACAUAUAUGGACCUACUGAUUUGGGAACUGAAAGCCAGGUCCGUAUCAAACUGCUAUCUUUGUUUUCAUUUCAUAGUAUAAGAGAAUGGUUAAAAGGAAACCAUUACAUUCUGAAAUUCUUUAGUGAUGCACAAUUGCUUUUGUUUGUAUUUUUAUUUUCUGCCAGAAAGCCCCCAAGAAUGCUCAAAAACAAAAGACCUCCACCUUACCAUGUAACAUAAUGAUUAAUUUCACUUACUCAUUAUCCUAAAGAGUACUUGUAAGUGUGAACUGAAAAUAUGCUGGCCUUUUUAAUGCAACCAAAUUGCCACAUAAUGAGGAAUUGAGAUUUGAUUAUGAAAUCUGUGUGGAGUAUCAGUUUAACCCCAGCUUAAAAAAGUGCUGAUUUCUACGAGUCAAUUACACAGACAGGGACCAUUCCUUCCUGUGUCCGUUUCCCCUUCCCCUGAGCUAACAGAAGUAGCAGGCACGCACUACCUCCCUCCUGGCACUAUAGCUAUUUUAUAGUGCACACCUUCAUCCCCCCCUUCUGAUCCUUAUUUCUGACUCUGCUCUGCCUCAGCUCCUCCCUCCCCCAAUUUUUUUUAUUUUUUUAUUUUUUUGGGGGUGUGGUGACUGGUGAAAUUGGUGGAAAAUGGUUUGACAAAAUUUGAGGAAUUUCAAACACUGCUUCUUUACACCGGAAUUACUGCAAUAAGAUGGUUUGCAUGUGUUGAUUAGAAUGUCUCUCUAGUAAAGAAUAUUUGUUUGGUCUACAGUUGUAAAUAUUCCUGUGAGCUCUGCAAAGCAAGAAAGCUGUAUCACUAGAGAAUAAAGUGAUUUGUAUUCUACACUUAACUUUAGAUACAUGAAGACAAUGCUAAACGAAGUCCAUGCAUAGUUUUAGUAAUUUAUGCUGUGACAUCAUUUAGUAAUGGCAUGCUUUACAUUUUCUCUGUACCAUAGAUCUUUAUUUCACGCACAUAUGAUCCUACAACCCAUUUUGAAACUACCUGUAACGACAUAAAGGAUAUCUACAAGAGAAUGACUGGGUCAGAAUUUGACUUUGAUGAGAUGAAACGCAAGAAAAGUGACAUCUUUGGGGAAGACCAGUGAAGAUUAACUUAACUAGGAAAAAUUCUGAAUUGGCUAUAAACAUGUAUUUCAAGAAUUUAGGAACACUGUAUGAAACUGAAUAAUGUAACACCUGCUUUUUGUAAAAACCUUUUGAAAUUCAUGAGCAUUGCACUGGUAAAUUCUCCCUUUUUUGCCCUGCCUUUUUUUUUUUUUUUUUUUUUUUGAGAGGCUGCUGUCCAGAAAUCAAGUUUUACGUUCCUGGCUACAUUUAGAUUUCAUAUAGCAUAGAAAUAGUUCAGAUUUACCCAAAAUGUUUACUAUCGAGUGAAAUAAAUAAUUUAAAAAAUAUAUAUAUAUUUUUUUUUUUUUCUCCUUUUGGCAGUCACUUGAAUAUGCUGUAUAAUGAAGGAUUGUUUUCGUGACAAAUUGCAAGAAAUCUAUUUACUAGGCAAUCAUAUUUCACAAGGCACUAUAUUUUGGGCAGCAUCUCUUCAUGAACUUUCUCCUUUCUGUGUAGUUUGUGUCCAAAAACCCCCUCAUCCCCCCCAACAUAGAACUCAAAGUGUGAGAUUCUAACAUUUUAAAAUAUUAAUACCAGCUGCUAAUGGUUGGGCUCGAUAAAAAAUGUUUUUUGUUUGUUUUAAUCAAAUUCACAAACGCAAGUAUUAAGCAGGCAAGAAUUGUAUAUGUUUAUGUAAUCCCCUCACAACUUAAAAGGACCAAACAGGAAGUGCAGUAUUGAUUUGACAGAGCCCUACCCUCUAAAGUGUUGCUUAAUAGGGUUUAACAUGAUUUCUGUACUGCAAAGUAAAGCCAAAUUGUGGAAAUCUGUGCCGUGCUUUGUUUCAAUUUGUGGUUGUGUUUUGUGAAAUAGAUUUGAAGGCUUGUUGCACAUGUGCGUUUGAACAGCUACAGUCUCAGUCUUCAUUGCAAAUUACAGCACUCCUCUUACACACUGGUUUCUUUACACCUCACAUGGAUGCUGAUAUGAACCUACAUUAUGACAAGAGCCUUUAUAAUUUCUUACAAGCGCUAUAGAUAUUAUGGCCUUCCUGGACAACUAUGAAUAUAUAUAUUUUUUUUAUUUUUUUUUCUCUUCUGCCACACACCUCUGGCAGAAUAAAACUGUCAUCCAUAAACUGUAAAAGAUUUUUCAUACAAAGCAUGUGUUACAGCAAACAUAUUGCAUACAUAUUACAAUAUUGUCUGAAUACAUGAAAUAUUCUAGAAUAAAGUGUACAGCAGUGCGAACGUCAUUGUCCCGUCAUAUAAUACUGCAUACAUUGAUACUGUAAUGAUUUCUCAGCAAAAAAUGAUUUUCUUUAAUCUGCUUAUCCUAUUUUAAGAAAGUAACCAGGUACACUAAUAUUUGCAGCUAUGGUGUAAAUUCAAAACAUUCUAGCCAAACAUGUUACAGCUUUUUGGAAAUUGUUUUUAUCUCCAUGGAGCUAAGAAACCAUUUAACAGAGCCUCCUCA